UGGCUCUGGGGUGGUGGUGCUUUUCAUAUAAACGUGAACUGAUUACUAGGCCUGGGUCCAUGCAGGCUGUGGGCGUCUUACUUUGGCCCGUAGACCAGCAGCCCCAGCCCAACAGGAUCUGGCCCAGGGCUCCCACCCCACAAGCACUGUCUGAGGUUGGAUGACCAGGGCCUCCCAGUUUUCCCAGGACUGUCCCUGUCCCUCGUUUAGCACUGAAAGUCUCCUGUCUUGGGAAACCCCUCAGCUUGCAGGCACACCGGGCCCUUGGUCACCCUGGUCUGAGAUUCUGACUUGUCAGCUGGCAGGCCAUGCAGUGGGAUCACCCUGCAGGGCCACCCAGAGCUCAGGUGAUUGGGCAGUUGGGAAAGGGGUAGGAGGUUGCAACAUUGGCCCAUAACCUCCUGCUGUGAUGGGAGACGAUAGAAACAUCUAAAUUCCAUGGACAGACACUCAUCUAGAAUCACAACUCACAGGACAGACAUGAAGGCCUCUUCCUCUGCCAGCACAUAGCAGGUCACCAACCCCAUGCUGUCCCCAGGAUGUCUCCUCUCAAGUCCUUCCACAGUCCCAGGACCGACUCCAUCCCGAUUGGCUCUGCUGACCAGGCCUGGACACCUGGCCUCUCCCUUCGGUCAUGGUUGUCUCUCCAAGACUCACAUGUGGCCCUGGCCCUCCCAGGCUCAGAAUUUGGGUGACUUCCUAGCGCCCUCAGCAGCAUUUCCUGAAGUUCAGUCACUGGAGUACAACCUUUGUGACUUUUGCGUUUUCUGCAUCGUGCCUUGUACCUUCAUUUCUUAGUGUUUUCCUUCAAAUGGCUUGCUUUUAAAUGUAGUUUACAAGGAAACUUUAUAUCACCUCUGUAAGCAGAAAGCCAGUUGUUCUGCAUAGAAGAUAAUCAUAAAACCAAAACAUAAUGUAACGGAAUUUUUGGUGGUUGCAGUGCCUGCUGAGAGCAGUCGCUUUGAGGCCUAUGAGGAUCAUAGGUGUUAGGUAUUAAAAGUGGAGACUUUGCCUUGAUGAGAUGAAAAGCUUGAAGGAGAACUGAAAAGGGAAUAACAUUGCCUUCUUCUUUGCGACAUCUCGGAGCCUGUGGAGGCCUGAUGGGAGCAGGGCUUCUGUAACAACACAUAUGUCUGGAAGGCUGUGGUCCAAGGCCACUUUUGUUGGCUCUAAGCAGGGUCUCCAGGACCAGAGGGAGCACACAGCUCUUCUUAAAAUUAAAGGUGCUUAUGGUCAACAUGAAACUGAAGUCUAUCUAGGCAAGAGAUGUGCUUAUGUGUACAAAGCAAAGAACAAGACAGUGACUCCUGGUGGCAAAAGGAGCAAAACCAGAGUAAUCUGGGGAAAGGAAACUUGUGCUUAUGGAAACAGUGGCAUGGUUCGUGCUAAAUUCCAAAGCAACCUUCCCACUAAGGCCAUUGGACACAGUAUCCAUGUAAUACUGCACCCCUCAAGAAUUUAA